GAUUGGCGUAAAAGUUGAUUCAUUCAAUUUUAGGAGUAAAGGGGAAAAAAAUGUGGCCGCGGAGUAGUGUUUCUCGCUAUCUGAGUCGACCACGCCUCGCGAAGCAGUCGGCUCCUGAUUUUUGGAACCUGAACAGGAACCUGAACAAGAGACAACUCCAGUGGUCAGCACCAAAACUACAGUCCAAACAGGAGUCGCCAAAACAGGACCUCUUGUCCUGCAAGAAACAGGAGCGCAAUUAUGCGUCCUCGCAGCGGCCCACGGUCGUGUCGAAGUCGAGAAAGACAGUCGCCAUAGUAGGCUCUGGUCCCGCAGGCUUCUACACUGCAAAGUACCUCCUCAGUACGUCAGCAGCAGUGGACGUGCACAUGUACGAUGUAUGCCCAAAAUUUGCUUCGAAAACUCAAAAUUAUAAACGAGUUACUGACUGAAAUAAGGGAGGCGGUAGCUUAGCAUCAACAUGAGUACGAGUGGCUGAGCGGCCUCGUCUAUAACGUCGUUAGAAAAGACGUAGAACGAGGUAUCAUGAUGGACCCCGGAGUCUAUUGUGGGGUGAUUCACUAAGUCUAGUGGUUGCACAUGAGUACGGUUUAGUAUGCAUGCAAAUGGUAAUGCAGAAGCAGGAGUAGGCUCACUAAUAUUGCAAGGACUUCCUACUUCUUCCUAGCUCUCAUAUUGCACAGCACUUUCCAUUUCUGCUCCGCUACUAGUGUAUCUUCAUCUAGAUCUUGGCAGAUGCAGCCUCAUCUAGAUCUUGGCAUGCAAGUAGCAUCCUAUUUUUCUUUUACGUGAGGUACUUCUAGCGUCGAUCAUCAGCAUGUGGUAGUCCACUGCUAUCCUCAUAUCCUAUUCUAUCCUAUUCUAUCCUAUUCUAUCCUAUUCUAUCCUAUUCUAUCCUAUUCUAUCCUAUUCUAUCCUAUUCUAUCCUAUUCUAUCCUAUUCUAUCCUAACCCCUUUCAUGCCCUCAAUGGAUCACACCGUUUGGUCUUGUGCGGUAUGGCGUAGCCCCAGAUCAUCCAGAGGUAAAAAAUGUCAUUAACGAUUUCGAGCAGGUCGUAGCGAAGAGCAGCAAUGCCGGUGCUGGUGGCUCAGCACACGCAGGAGGUGGAUCCGCAGCACCGCGUUUUCAGUACUUUGGAAAUUAGGGCUCCUCACGACUAGACGAUGACGAGUACGUAGUUCAUCUCCAAAGCGUAUUUUUCUCAGGUUCGUUUGUUGUUCUUAAAUUCUCAGAGGUCGGAUGAGUGGAAAGUAUGAACUAUCUAACUGCGAGGUAAGAAGUGAAGUUAAAUAACCUACAAUCUACUCGUCCAAGCACUACUGUGUAUAACACUACAAAAUGAGAACCCCCCUCUCCCCAAUGCACAACAAUUAAGUACUUGAACACCACCUCGUGCUAGGUAAAUGUUUUUUGUUUGUUUUUAUUCCAAACGCCACGACUAUGUAUUGUGAAGAGCUCUAAGGCAACGUCAGGAUUGGCGAUCUUUCUGCGGGAGGUCGCGGUGUACCGCUUGGGGGAUUGCAAGAACGCUAUGAUGCGGUGGUGCUCGCAACGGGCGCAAGCUUUGGAAAGCGUAUUAAGGGUACACCUUUAAGGUGCUUUUCGUACCGCUUUUUAUGCCUCUCUCCCUUAGGAUCAGAAAGGCAUAAAAAGCGGGGGAACCCGCGAGCACCAAAAACCUACCUCUAAGCGUAGCAUCCGCGGUCCCACGCACGAUGCCUUUUCCUUUGUCCAAUGGUACAACGGGUUCCCAACAACGGAUCUUGGAGCAGAUGAAUCCGUACAUACACACUACAAAGAUCUUCCUGUUCGCGAUCGUAAUGAGUUUUUCUCUUCUCUGAAGAUGGACUCUACUACUCUCUCGGAGGGCGGGGGCGCUCGCGUGUCGCUCUUUGGUCUCGGGAAUGUGGCUCUGGAUGCAGCACGUAUGCUGCUAUCUACAAGCGCGCUCUCGGUGCGCCACAGUGAUAUUUUAUGGAUUUCACUUUCAUCUCCAGCGUAAUUCUUUAAGAAGAUACUUGAAGAAAGUUGAUGUAGAAGAUCUUGAUGUAAGUAGGUCUACUAGAUGUUUAUUUGAUAAGGAUCUUCUACGUCCUCCUCUGCCCAAAAUUAUCAAAAAAAAGUUAGUAUAAGUAUUAGAUGGUGGGGCAUCGUGGAGGACUAAACAACAAGUUUUUGCAACAUGCACAAUUAAAAUGCUCAUCACGACGAGGACACACUAGAAAUUAGAGAUGCUACACCCCGCGAGGAGUGGGUACAUCAGUCAAUCAGUCACUUCUACUACCCAGAAACUGAUCUAUCGUCCCUCUCGACUACUUCUUCUGUUAUCUCCUACUUGUGAAAAAAUAGAUCAUCUCCUUGUAAAAAUUUUACAAAGAUAGAAACCCAAACCCUAAUAUCUGUACUAGGGGCGCAGCACCAUCGACGUGUGAUGAACAUUCUUCUACCAUCGUGUGACUUCUUCCAACAACGACCCCUUGCCAGGCACAUCAAUCAAUCAAUCAAUUCUUCUAACUAGAGUGGAGACUGCGCGUUUGGCCAUCGGAAAGUGGAACGUGCGCCACGUUGAUCUUUUUGGGCGUCGCGGAGCAGUACAAAGCCAAUUUGGUACUAAGGAGCUCCGCGAGCUUCUACAUGCAACCGAUUUUCGCACAGUAAUAGACCCUUUGGAUUUGGAGAGAAGCUUGAAUUUUAUGCAAAGCUUGAGGCAGGAUUUAGUUCGCAUGAUGAGAAACCCUUCUAACAACAUGAACACUUCGCUGAAGGCAGGACUCAGUUGGCAUGAUAAGAAACCUCCCUUCUUGCAUGAAUUUGAGUAUUGUUCAGAAUAGUAGAAUAAUUUUUAGAACGGAGGUAGGAUGGACUUGGAUGGAUCGGAUGGACCCCCCUAAAUCUUCCGAUCCUACUUGAAAUGGUGGGAAGUCCAUCCGGUCCAUCGGAUCCCUCCCAUGAUCCUGGACCUGACACCCCUAGCGAUACGCUUUGGUCUUAGUGUGCCACCACAACCACUAGCUAGAGAACUUUUAGGAAGAUUCUGAUAAAGAUGCAUUCAUAUCCUCCGCAUCACGGGAAGAGCUGGGAUCUAUCAAAAUGAAGCAACGACAAAUGAAAAUUUUCGAACAAAUGGCGCAGAACUUCGAAGCGAUGGAAAAAGCGAAGGAAAGUACUGGAGAAGGACUCCCAGUGUUGCAGUUGCGCUUUCUCUUAUGAAAAUUGAAGAUAGUCUUCUUGUACUUAAUCUACUUCGUUCUGGUGUGAUGCUCAUGGUCAACAGUUGUAACUGCGAUUAUUGUCUUUAAAAAAUUGAAUACUUCUUCUACAGUACUACAACAACAACAUUGAUUUGACGUGAGCAAUGGAUCGUGACAAAAACAGGCUGAAGAUUUUCUUGAGAUCACAUUAGAAAUAUAUAGAACUAGACAUCUUCUAAUCCUUCAUCAGCCUGUGAAAUACUGUGGCGAUUCACAUACACUUUCCGUCCGGAAAACGCGACUAAGUGGUAAGCCGCACGAGCAACGAGCGGAGUUCGAUCCUGAUGCUCCUGCAAUUUCGAUUCGAUCGAGCCUAGUGCUAGAAAUUAUGACUGUCACUAUUCUCCAUUAUGGACUGUCAUCAAUGGACUAUGACUGUCACUAUUCUCCAUUAUGAAGCUAGCAACAUGAAUGGACUAUUCUCCAUUAUGGGCUAGAAAUUAUGACUGUCAUCAAGUACAUCAGAACAACAAGUCCGUGGCUUUGAAGAUUUGCCACUUAUAUAAUAGAUGAUUAAAAAAAUAUAAACAUCUUCAUAGAUCCAGCGGCGCUCAAGAAAGCACUAAAAUAAAACAACCGGUUAGCUUUUACCUCUAUCUCGUAGAUGUCUCGUCCCUCCUUCAAAUAAUAUAUACUACAUUUGUUCAUCCGUUUUCCAAGAACAUUUUCUUGUUGUUCGGAGAUAAUUUUCCAUCUCUAAAAGAAGUGUGGGUUUCGGUUUUCGGCCAUUGGAUCGGCGAUUGCUGCCCUAUCAUGAGAAAGCACAACAAGAAAGUUGUGAAGAACUACAUGGCGAACAAGAAGACGUGGGGCCGCUGAAUGUUAGCGGCAACGGCAUGGGUCAUGUUUUCGAAAAUGUCUUUUGUGUCGGGUGGUUGAAGCGAGGGCCUCGUGGAACCAUUGCUAGCAAUGUCCCGGAUGCCGCGGAGACGGCUGCCGGAGUCAAGCAGUUCUUGGGUCUACAACCUGCAGCAGCAGAACAUGAUGCGAGGACUUCAUCCCUGUCAAAGAACCCUAAACUUGAACAUGCGACUUCUUUCGACGAUUGGCUGCGAUUGAAAGCUGUUGAAGAAGAGGGAGGCAAGAAGGCGAAUAAGCUUGCGCAAAAGGUGGUUGAUGUCGCUGAACAGAUGAAAUGCAUCCGACAAGCAUGAUAACGCUGUAGAAAACGCUAAAGACCAGUACUUUUUGAAUGGACCACCCAACGGUGUUUGAGAAACAUAUGAUGAAACCGGGGCAACAAGAAAAGCGAGUGUGAAACUUGAUCGCGUAUGCAACAUCAAUUAACACUGACUUACCUCGAGUCAUGCACAUAAGUCAAUCGAAGAUACCAUGAAAACCAUAGAGGUCUUCUAGGCCUAUAAGAUGAUGGAGAUCAUGUUGUGUUUUCUUCCUGUUCGAAUGAUCCGCGACGUCUCCAAAGGUGUAUAUUAUCAGGACGACUACUUAAAAUGGGAUUCCAUUUUAAGAUCAAGUGCAGCGUAGAAGAAGUGUACUAGAAACAAUUCUCGUCAUUGUUGUUGCUUAGAAAUGCAUCCUAAUUAACUCCUGAGACAGCACCUCGCGCUAGGUAAAUGAGUGAAUCAUGAAUGACUGAGUGAAUGUCUUCGCAAAUCAAGAAGAGUAAACGUAAUUUAAUCUUCUUCAUCGGUCAAUAUUAAUAGACAUUUGCAUGUGUUAUUAGUUGUACUGAAACUUUUUAGGAGUAAUAUUGUUCUCUCAGUACUAUUUUGGUGAUUUUUGAGAUUGAGUAGUUUUCAACAAAAAAUUAUAGAAAGUCGUGAAUGUUUCCAUUUCUUCGUCUUCCACCUCUUUCCCUAUCCUCCUGUCUCUUCUUGUCGACAACAGUGGUGCAAGGAUUUACUUAAAGACACGAACAAGAUGUCCUGGGAAAUAAGAAGAGUGAGUGUCAAACUCGGCUACCUAAGUAUGGAACCGUUAAAUAACAACACUUACAAAUACAAUUGUUAACUAAUAAAAGAUAAUAUCAUAGCUUGAGGCAGCAGGCACAUGAUUAAUCAAUAGCAUGAAGAAUGGGGACCACGAUGCAUAAAACUGAAAGGUGUGCUUGUCAAAAGUGUAAGUAUGAGUUUCUGUAGAAGAGCGGUAGAACGAUAAGGGUGAAGUAAUAGAAGCUUCAGCAUGGGCUAGCGGAAUAGUGAUGAUAUGAAGCUCUUACUUCUAGACCAAUAACAUGAUACUACAGCUGCUCACAUUGUUCAGAUCGAUGAUGCAAAAAAAAAAUCCGAAAAAAAAUGAAGCAGAUGAGACUGUUCUUGGCAGAGGUUGCUGCUCUAUGAAAAAUCUUCUAUCUUGUACAACUGGUUCACACAAAAGGAAAAGGAAUUAAUUUAGAAUUACUCUGGAGUGGUUGCAAGCAUCUAGCUCUACUGUGUAAGCCACGUGCGUGGCCCACCAGAAGAAAUGUAAGACUCACUUCUUUGCGGCCACGACCCCAGCUGGUGCGUUGGCCCUUUGGCCGAAGAUUGUGAAUAGAAAGGAACACACAACAAGACCCAAGAGGCCUCUUUAUCAGCUUUCAUAUUCACGCUCAGCUGCAGGAAUACCAAU